UCUCAAAUGGACGGGGGACACACAGAGAGACCGGAAGGAACUAACAGUCAAAAGAAAGGAGGAGAAUUUGGAAGCAAAACUCCCAUUAGCUGCCAACCAUUCUUACAUUCUUUUCCGACCGGAUUUGUCUUUCUUACUAGGGACGAACAUGUAACAGUCGAGAGAAGGAGAAGAACAGGGUUUCCCCUUCUUCUGUAACUACUACUACUACUACUACUCUACGCUUCUCCAAAUCCCGUCCCUUCCUCUCUCUCAGAGCGAUCUGUCAUGGCGAGGCCUGGCAACAAGAUUAUUCCGGCCAAGCUGGUACUUUUGGGUGACAUGGGAACUGGGAAAACCAGUUUGGUUUUAAGAUUUGUCAGAGGCCAAUUUUUUGACAAGCAGGAACCAACCAUUGGAGCAGCUUUUUUCACUCAGAUAUUAUCAGUACCUGAAGCGACUGUGAAAUUUGAUAUAUGGGACACAGCAGGACAAGAACGAUACCAUAGCUUGGCUCCGAUGUAUUACCGUGGUGCUGCAGCAGCUGUUGUUGUGUAUGACAUCUCAAGCAUGGAUACAUUUGUUCAAGCCAAAAAAUGGGUUCAAGAACUGAAAAAACAAGGAAAUCCAAAUCUGGUAAUGGCAUUGGUUGCAAACAAAUCGGACUUGGAAUCGAUCAGAGAGGUGGGGAAUGAGGAAGCUGAGCAAUUUUCCGAAGAAAAUGGGAUCUUCUUCAAAGCAACAUCAGCGAAAACUUCUGUGAACGUUAAUGACCUUUUCUAUGAUAUAGCAAAAAGAUUGGCAAAAGGCAGCCUUUCGAAGCCUAGUGGAACAAAUCUGCACGGUGAAGCACAGAGCCAAAGAAUAUCAUUUUGUUGCUCAACAUGACAUGCUUUUAGAAACACAUUCAAAGGUAUUCGAGCCUCUGUGGAUUUUUCCUUCCAGACAAAAAGGAAACUAACAAUUUACGUGUGAGAUAUAAAGAAGUGUGUAUUUGUUCAUCAAAUUGUGCUGCGCCACAUAUCUGUUGACUAUAUAUAUAUAUAUAUAUACACACAUACCAUUUGAAUAUUGGCUGGAAUGAAAAAUGAGCCAAGGGAUUGCAGAUUGCAGUAAAUUA